CAUUUCACUCCCCCACCGUUUCUCUCUCCUCUUUCUCUCUCUCUCAACCUUCAUCAUAUUCAUCCAUACGCCACUCCCUCAACCAACUCCGUUCCGUUUAUCCCCUCUCUCUCUCUCUCUCUCUCUCUCUCUAAAACUGUCUCAUUUAUUUCAUCUAAAUAGGUGAUCAAUCACUCUUCAUCUCUAAUUCUCUAUCUCUCCUAAUCUAAUCUCUAAUUUAUCUUCUACUUCUUCUGUCAUCUUUGAAGAACGGGGUUUUUGGAGAGAUAGAGAGAAACAGAGAUUCGGAAUCUGGUAUUGGAUCGGAUCCGACGGUGGAGAUGGCCACCCCAUCAUCUCUGAUUUCUUCUUCCAAUCCCGUAACGAACACCGAUCGCCCGCAGAGAAAGAAACUCAGAAAGAAGAAAACUUUCCCGCUAGCCAAACAGGACCACGCCGAUUUGGCGCGUCAAGCUCAGACCUGGAAGUCCGAGGCGCAACAGCAAAUCUACUCCUCUAAACUCCUCAAGGCCCUCAGCCACGUCACCAUUGGCGGCGACGGCGGCGGCCCACCGCCGGCGCCGCGGCGGGGAAGAGCCGUGCGGGAGGCGGCGGAUAGAGCCUUGGCCGUGACUGCUAAGGGGCGCACGCGCUGGAGCCGAGCCAUUCUGACGAACCGGCUCAAGCUGAAGUUCAGGAAGCAGAAGAGACAGAGGUACCGGACCGGGAGUAGCCGGUCGACGAGGAAGCCGAGAGUGAGCGUUUACCGGUUAAAGGGGAAGAAUUUGCCGGCUGUGCAGAAGAAAGUCCGUGUUCUUGGCCGGUUGGUUCCCGGUUGCCGGAAACAGCCUCUUCCGGUUAUUCUUGAGGAAGCCACCGAUUACAUAGCGGCUCUGGAGAUGCAAGUCCGAACCAUGUCGGCUCUCGCGGAGCUUCUCUCCGGCGGCUCAAGCUCCGGCUCCGGCUCCGCGCCGACAACUUGAGUAUUUAUUUUUAUUUUUCAUAUAUUUUUUAAAAAAAAUUUAUUUUCUGUUUUUUUUUUUUUUUUAUUAUGUUUUCUCUCCUCUUCAGUAAUUUCUCUGUUAAAUACAAGUUCUCUACUAUCUAGAUUCUACCCUCUUUUCUUAUUUUUUCUUUUUAAGUAAUUUUAUCUCAUACUUCGUUGAGAGAUAUCAUCAAAGUAGUCAACGCAAAUCUGAGUUUGUAUAAUAACUAAAU